UUGGCUACGGGUUCCUGCACUGUCCCCAGGCGCGGUCGCAGGCAUGUGGGGCACUUCAAGAUCAGCCUCUUCUUCAUCGUCUGCAUCGUCAGGCCCCCGCGGCGGGCGCACCUUCGAGAGGCGCAUGCCAGCGCCGACCCACAGGCAGCGCGACGACCAGCGCCAGGAGAUGGCGGUGGACCAGCGAGCCUUGGAGGAGUGGACCGCGAGGGCGCACAAGUCCGACUGCUCCCGCGGCAUGGACAAGCUCUUCGCGGGGGUGGACAGGCACGAAGUGGACGGCCUGAAGAACGAGAUGUUCAAGAUGAUCUUUACCACCAUGGGUGAGGAAGUGGAACCCGAGGACCUUGAGAGGGCCGUAGUCGUCCACUACCAGAAGUUCAACCAGAUCUUCGUUGUCGCCCUCACGCUCCUGACGCUCGGCCUCUUUUGUCUCUUCCGGCCCAGGGACGACGACACCGUGCUGGUGCUCACCAAGCGUGAUGGGCGCGUGUUCGCGCAGAAGACGGAGCGCACGAAUUUCUGCGAAGGCAGAAACUCGGGGGCGUUGCUGAUGUUCGUCCGGUACCUCGUUAUUCUGUUUCUGGUGUUGGCGACGCCAUCCUUGAUUUAUGUUCUGUUUUACGACAACCAGAAUCUAGAUUCAGGAACCGAUAUUUGGCAGCAGGUGCUCUACGAAGAGGCGCACUUGAUACGGCUGCUGAAGGCCAAG